GCAAGCCAAUUCCAACUUAUGCAUGGGAAGUCGCAUAUGCAUAAAGACUACAAAGUACAGCUGCUUCAUAUCCAAGCAACACAGGAGAGUAGCAAACAGGUAUUUGCCACUGUCAUUGUGCGGGCAGUGCGCCGAGGGCCGAGGGAUGUCAUCGUCAGGCGAGCAACGCCGUGGUCACUUGGUUACAGUCAUCGAAGUCAAUGGCUGGAGCGGCCGCGAUACCCCAACAACAUACACACUUCUCGUCAGGCUUGCACAUGUCGAAGGGAUCUUGUCUAUUGCGCGAUGUCAUUUGAGGAUCUGGACGAAUGACAUGGCCGUUUCUAAAUUUUGGUCAGUU